CUGUAUCAACUACCAUACUCCCACAACACCGCUUACCUUGCAAAAAAGCAUAACCACCAUGUUUUGCAAACAACUUCGGCACAUUCUUUUGCAACUUCUGCUCAUUAAUUCAGUCUUCUGUGCACCAAAGGCCUCAAGUGGCAAAACAUGUGCUUUGGGAAACAACCCCUCCCCUAAGCGACUAUCGGUCAGACAUGAUGACUCUGCUUCAAUAUCUUCCCGGACUGGGUUAUCCAAGCAACCCCUUCAAAAUCCUGCUACUACAUCUCAAGAGAAUUUUGAAACAUUCAUGGCCAGUAUGAUAGACGAAAGUACCAGGACUCGGAAUGGAGAACGAGUCAACACACUUUUUAGGGAGCCCAGUAACGAAGAAAUUGCAGCUUUCACCAUAGCCUAUCAAGGUUCCAACUUUCAUUCUGGAACCACUGGCUUUUACUAUGAAUUCGGAAGUAAGAAAAAUGAUUUCUAUAUCACAGGCCUACAUGGCUGUACUGCAGUAGUCAUCGUUAGUCCCCGAGGAAUUUGGGGACUCCACAUCUGGGAGACCGAGUCAGGACCGGACAGGGCCGGCGGGUUUCGGAAGCUGACAGGGACACCGCUGAAAGAAGUAUCACGAAGCGAUGCAGAGUUCCAGGCUAUUGCCGUGGAUAUCAUAGGACAAGCUACGCCGGCGAAUCUUCGAGCUCGACGGCCAAAAUGGAAGAGUCUAUCAGAUGUGAAGAACAACCAUGGAGAUCCGUUUGGCACAGGUGCAGACUCGACCGUUUUUCUUUUCACGCCCGCACUAAGUGAAUCGGAUCCGGGCCAGAGAUUCGCGACCAAGGUUGCGAUGAUUGUUCGAAAAAUCCGAGAUCUUCUCCCCAACGUCUCGAGAACGAACUUCAUCCAGAAAACUUACGUUGCAGAGAAUCGAGCGAUAAAAGAAGUCAUACAAGGAACGAUCCUGGUGCAAUAUACGCCAUACGAGCGCGAUUCGGAUCCAAAGAACAAGUCGCCACAAGCGAGAGCCCGACUCUUUAUCGAAAAUCAAAAGAAGCCCAUUUACGACAAGUAUAUGGCACCGCCGGUCUAGCCUAGCCUGACGAUGGACGAUGGGAGCUCGCAAUUUCUCCAUUUCAGACAUACUUCAAACCGGCUUGCAUGUGAAGACAGAGCUUCGAAGUUUCGGGAAGAUCGAGCUAAGAGCCAUAUUUGAAGUCCAUGACGCGAGCGUCGUCAUAAAUCAGCAGACAUGAAGCUAUA